UUUGAAAUAUCAAACUUCCAAUUACGGCAUUAUAGGCAAUUAUUCCAUGUACCAUUAGAAAAAUAAAAUCUAAUCAUCUCAAUCUCGUGAUUAAGUUAAGAACACUUGCAAUUUACUUGAUUAUUAUUUAAAAGAAAAACAGAUACCUAAUUUUGUUCUCAAGAAUACUACGAAAAUUCGUUGCUUUUACAACAAGUUGCAAGCCUUCGAAGAACAAUAGAGAGUUUAAGAAUCUUAAGCAAGAAAUCAAAUUCCAAAUUCCGCCAUUAGAAGUUGCUAUUAUUCUUGAUUUAAUCCGUGUUCUUCGUGUCUCCAAAAUGGCCGUCAAUGGAUGUUCUCGCAUCUGGAACUCGAUUUUCCCAUCGCUUUUGCUGCCACCAGAUCUGUACGCUUUAUACUCUGAAACGAUUCUGCCUUUUCCUCCUCUUCAUCGCUCUCUUCUCGAUCAUCGCCAUCGCCAUCGCCGCAUUGCCUGUAAUCUUCCUAUUAAAGCCUCGACAGCCGAUCUUUUCUCUCGAAUCACUGCGAUUGGAUUGUCCGUCGAGGCUUCUCCUGAUCCACGAUGGAAACGCCAUGAUCGGAACCAUACGAGUCCCCGAAGUGUUCCAGCCCGCUCGUAGUGACGAUCGGAGUGUUCGAACUCGUCUUCUGCUGCAUCGAUUCAAUGUCGAUUUGUUCGAUGCGACGUCAGAGUUUGUUGAGAUGAAAAUCAUUGGCGAUGUUGGUGUAGAGCUGUUUGUGCUUCAUAUGGCUGUGAUCAAGAUGAAGGUUGCUCUGAACUGCAAUGUGGAUGUUCAUUACAGAGGGCUUAAUUUCAGAGAACAAUUACUCGGCAAUGGAGCAACCGUUGCAAAAGCUUUGGAUUCAUUUCCUUCCAACUCCAACACAACGGCCACAAACUGUGGCGUCGCUUUUUACUUAUGAAGAUGCUUAACUCACUAAUUAAGUAAUUAAUGGUUAAAUGUUUUGUUUAAUCUCUUUUUGGAUUUGUUUGUUUUA